AUGGUCGCCCUCGUACCUAUCGCCCACAUCGUGGCUGCCGUCUUCUCCAUUAUCGAGCUCGGUCUGAGUUCCUAUGUCGCUAGCGGACACAACGGGUACAACGGUUGGAGCGGCUGGUGGUCGCGCUCCCCUGACAUCGUCAACUUCAUCAUCUUCAACUCCGUCUGGUCUCUGCUGGUCCUCGCUUAUGUCGGUCUGACACCUCUGUACCUGACCCGCUUCUUCCACAAGCUCGUCUCCCUCGGUUUGCUUGUCAUCACCACCAUUUUCUGGUUUGCCGGUGCCAUUGCCCUCGCUGUCUUCGUUGGCGUCCCUCACUGCGGCGGCAGCUCCUGGUGUGCCUCUUCUCAGGCCGCUGUUGCGUUUGCCUUCUUCAUCUGGGCUAUCUUCACUUUCCUUACCGUCCUCGACGCCCUCGAGGCCAUGCGCUCGCGCGGUCACAGCACCAAGACAAACCACACCUACCCCGGUGCUUAA